UCACCCCUAACCGUCAUUAACCGUCUUUCCCGCCCAUGCCUCCUCUGCCUCUUCCCUCCCGUCAUUGCAUCCUCUCUCUCUCUCUCUCUCUGCGCGCCUGGAACUCCCCCGCCCCACCUCCCUCAAGCAUCGGAAAAUGGCAAAGGCGGUGGUUUAUGCCCUUGCCACCGCCGCCUUGAUCGCCUUCAUAAUCUUCUCCUCGAUGGGCCAGAAGGGCCGCGACCACCUCGGCUCGAAUCGCCGCCUAGGCAUCAAAUUGCCCCUCCCGAAUUUCGACCCUCUCGUGACUGAAUUGGAGAGAAGGGGAGAAGGGAAACGGGAGGAGCGAGAAAACCCUCCGGCGAGCACAGGAGCCGGUUCUCCGAACGGCGUGGACGAGUAUUUGACGAACGAGGGCAAGCUGAACAUGACCUUGAGGCUAUUGUUCUUGUUCCCGUUGUUGGACAACGCGCCAAAGGACGGGACGGUCAGCUUCGACGAGCUCGAGGCGUGGAACAUGGGGCAAGCGCACGACCGGCUGAGCUAUCAGGCGCAGAAGGAGUUGGCGUUUUUCGACAAGGAUGGAGAUGGGGGUAUUUCCUUUAGGGAGUACCUUCCUCAGUUCUCAGAUGAAGACAUAGAUAGAAAUGGAUUGGCGCACGGUGAAGCCGGGUGGUGGAAGGAGCGAUUCCUCAAUGCCGAUGUCGACCAAAACGGAACCCUUGGCUUCAAUGAGUUCAUGGAUUUCUUGCAUCCCGAAGAUAGUAACAACACAGAAAUCCAGAAAUGGCUUCUCGGGCAAAAACUGAAGCGAAUUGACUACAAUGGUGAUGGUAAACUCAACCUCGACGAGUUCACGGAUCACGUCUAUGAUAUCUACAAGAACUAUGCUGAAUUCGAAGUCCAUGGCAGUCAUGUGCCCACACCUGAACAGAAAUUCACCGAUCUCGAUGUGAACGGCAAUAAACUCCUGGAAGUUGAGGAAAUGAUACCAAUGCUCCAAUAUAUGAAUCCUGGAGAGUUAUCUCAUGCUAAAUAUUACACUGCUUUUUUGAUCCGCCAGGCCGAUGACAACAAAGAUGGCCAGUUAAGCCUCGAGGAGAUGCUUAAUCAUGAGUAUAUGUUCUACACCUCGCUCUUUGAGGAGGAUGAGGAGGACGACGAACUCCACGAUGAACUCUGAAAAUGGAUCGCCAUCACUCCGUGAAUCCCGGAUUGUCCUGCCAAGAGAGCAGUGGCGGAAUCUUUGUUCAAAGAACUUCCAUGAGGAGGAAAAUGCGAGAAGGGGAAGAGGGAAAGCUUUUUGAGAGCAAAAUUAGAACUUUAGCACAAACAGAUGUUCUCUCAGUUCCUAAAAUUUCCGGU